AUUUUAAUUGGGAUAAGAAAGUACAUGGGAAUUCAGAACCUUUUUGGAUUUUUGUAACUGAUUGUGAUGGGGAAGAAUUACUUUACAGUGAAUAUUUUACAAUGAAAAGUAAAUUUGUGGAAGAAAAUAGGUCUUAUUUAUUCUCUUUUAUUGUUAGCUUAUUUGAAAAUUUGCAUCCUAUUUAUUAUAUUAAGGUUAUUUCAGAUAGAUGGAUUUAAUCUGAAACUACUAUACCUUUGUCGUUUAAGAAUCUUAUUUUACCUUAAUAAUUUUCAGCUCCGACUAAACUUUUGGAGUUUUAAUUAAUGCCAGUUAAUUAGCUGUAGUUUAAUGAAGGAGAAUAGGCUUUAAGAGCUUUAGGAAUUUAUUAAUUUAAUUAAAUUUAAACUUAAGUUUAUAAUUCAUUUUAUAAUUAAAAUGAAAAUAUCUUCCUUGGAGCUCCGACUGGGUCUGGGAAAACUACUUGUAUUAUUUUGGCUAUAUUAAGGAUUUUCAAAGGAUAUUUUAAUGAGGAUAAGAAAAUUGUUUAUGUAGGACUUUAAGAUAGUAUUUGUUAAAAUAUGUAUAAAAUUUUAUGCAAGGCAUUUAAACAUAUGGAUAAAAAAAUUGGAAUUCUUACUGGGUAAACUAAGACUGAUAAUAUUAUUUUGUAAAAAUAUGAUAUUAUUAUUUCUACACCGGAAAAUUGGGAUAUUAUGACCAGAAGAUGGAGAGGAAAAAAAUAAAUUUAAAGCAAAAAUAUUAGGCUUUUUAUUGCUGAUGAGCUUCAUUUGUUAAAUGAAAAUAAAUCAAUACUUGAAGUAAUUGUUUCUAGAAUGAGAUUAUUUUCCUCUUAAAUGGAUUAAAAUAAUAAAAUUUAAAUUAUCGGUUUAUCAACUUCUGUAGCAGAUUAUAAAGAAAUGGCUUCUUGGAUUGGUGCUUAAUAAAAUAAUAUCUUCAAUUUCCAUCCUAAUGUGAGACCUUAUCCUGUAGAUAUUCAUAUCACUGGUUUCGAAUAAAAUCAUAGAAGGGCUAGAUUAUUAGCUAUGUAGAAACACAUGUAUUAAGGUUUAAAAUAAUUCUUAUAAAAUGAUACUUAAUAAGGAAUAAUAUUUGUAUGUGACCGAAAAUAAGCAAGAUUAACAGCUUUAGAUUUAUAAACAUUAGCCACAGGUGAUAAUAAGCCAAAGAAAUUUUUGAAAGCCCCAGAAUAAAAAAUAAAGGAAAUCGCCGAAUAAAUAACUGAUCACGUACUUGCUGAUGUAGUUUAAUAUGGAAUAGGAUUCGUAUAUGAAGGAAUGUUAGAAGAUUAGAGAACUUUAAUUGAAAACUUAUAUAAUGCAGGAGCCUUAUAGAUAAUUAUUUCAACUUAUAAACUAUGUUGGGAACUUAAUUUGUAUGCUUAAAUAACUGUUAUUUUAGAUAAUUAAAGAUAUAAUGGGUAAGAAAGAAAGUAUGUAGAUUAUACUAUUCCUGAUAUGCUUUAAAUGAUUUCAUAUGCUAAAAAUAAAGAGUUCGUGAAAAAUAACAAUAAUAAUAAAAAUAAUAAUUAAGAAAAUGUAAAUGCAAAAUGUCUUGUGUUCUGUCAUGGUCCUAAAAAAGAAUUUUAUAAAAAAUUCCUUUUUGAACCUUAUCCAGUGGAAUCUCAUUUAAAUCAAAAUCUUUCAAAUCAUUUAUGUGGAGAAAUAUAUGCUAAAAACAUUAAAAGUAUCGAAGAUUGUAUUGAUUGGAUUACUUGGUCAUUCAUGUAUUGGAGACUUUCCCAAAAUCCAAAUUAUUAUGGUUUAUAAGAAGUAUCUGGUACUGCUGUAAAUGAUUAUUUGUGUGAGCUUAUAGAAUAAUCAUUGGAAGAACUAGGUGAGUUUAAAUGCAUACAAUAAGAAUAGGAAAAUACGGAAUUAAAUUUACUAAAUUUAGGUUAGAUAGCAGGAUUUUACUAUAUAGAUGUUGAAACAAUAUAACUUUUUGGGGAAAAUAUAAAACAAGAGUCAAAACUUAAACAUUUAAUUGAAAUAUUAUCAAAUGCGAAAGAAUUUGAAGAAAUCCCUAUUAGAUAUAAUGAAGAUUCUUUACUAUUCAAUUUAAAUUAAAAGAUAACUUUUUCUUAUGACAAAACUAACUUCAAUGAACCAAAAACGAAAACCUUUAUUUUAUUACAAGCUUAUUUUUCACGUUUAUAAGUCAAUUCAGAUCUUAAUUAUGAUCAAAAACUUAUUCUAGAGAAUGCUGUUAGAUUAAUUCAUGCUCUGGUUGAUGUUAUUAAUUCAAAUGGUUGGUCCUAAUAAGUAAAAAAAUUAUUUUUUUAAAUAAAUUUUAUAUUUAAUAGACUAUUAGAGCUAUGAAACUUUGUUAAAUGGUUGUUUAAGGGUUAUGGUAGAAUAGUUCCCCUUUAUUAUAAUUGCCUUAUUUUACAGCUGAAAUUGUAGAUUAAUUAAAAGAAAUAGGUGUUUAAGAUAUUGCUGAUUUCUAAAAUAUGGAUGAUGGCGAUAGAGAAAAAAUACUUAAGUAGUUUAGUUAGGAAUAAGUUGAGGAAAUUGCUACUGCAAGUAAUAGGUAUCCAAGCAUUAGUAUAAGAUAUAAUAUUGAGGAUAAAGAUAAUAUUUAUUCAGGUUCUAAAGUUACAGUUAAUGUUGUCUUGGAAAGAGAUGGAGAAGAUUAUACAGAAUAUGUUAUUGCUCCUUAUUAUCCUAAAUAAAAAGAAGAAAUAUGGUGGGUAUUAAUUUCAGAUAAAAAGUAAAAUAAUUUAUAUAGUAUCAAAAGAUUAGGAUUUAAAUCUAAAGCUGAAAUUGCUUUAGAGUUUGAUUCUCCUGAAGUUGUUGGAAAAACUGAAUUUUCUAUUUAUUUAAUUUGCGAUUCUUAUGCUGGGUGUGAUUAAGUUGAAACUUUUACUUUAAAUAUAAAAGAAAAUACUAAUGAAAAUGGAAUGAAUGAAGAAUGAUUAAAAUUUUAUAAAUGCAUUAUAUAUAUGAUUAUUUAAAAUAAUAAAAAUAUGUUUUUAUAAUUCGUAUAAAUUAAAA